CGGAGCGGCUGGCGGUGACGCAGGCCUCACGCCGACGGGCCUCCACCGACUCGCGCGCCUCGCUGCGCGUCAGACCCGGCCGUUGCUCUGUAGCUCGCUCCCGUCUUGGCGGUACUUGCUCCCUGUGGCCCUGAGGGCGUGCGGGCCAGGGUCGGCCCGAAAAGGAGGAGGCGGAGGGAAGCAGGUCUGCGGGGCUAAGUGUCCCGGCGGCGCACCUCGCGGCGAGAAGCGGGAGGAGGAGGAGGAGGAGACUGCAAGGAUAGGCCCAGGAGUAAUGGAGUCCAAAGAGGAACAAGUGGUAAAAAAUCUCAAGAAGGAAAGUGCCCAACAGGACAGUGAAGGGGGGGAGCAGGCCUCCGUGCAGAAUGAAGAGGAAUCCCGCCAUUUGGGAGGGAUUGAAGGCCAGAAGCCUGGAGGAAAUGUCAGACGGGGGCGGGUUAGGAGACUUGUCCCUAAUUUUCGAUGGGCCAUACCUAAUAGGCAUGUUGAUCACAAUGAAGUGGGAGAUGAUGUAGAAAGGUUUGUAGGGCAGAUGAUGGAAAUCAAGAGGAAGACUAGGGAGCAGCAGAUGAGGCAUUAUAUGCGCUUCCAAACUCCUGAACCUGACAAUCAUUAUGACUUUUGCCUUAUACCUUGAAUCCUGAGGGUUUUCCUGAGAUUGAUAAAGUGGCCAUCACUUUACAAGCUUGUUUUUUUUUGAUUUACUUUUUCUGUAUUCCUUUUGGUGUUCCCACUUGUCAGUUUCUAAUUGAAUAUUGUUUUGUCUCGGUCUAAAAGAUUCUGUCAGCAUGGCAGUUUCAUCCAAUUUAGGAAAAAAUAUUCAUUUCAUAAUUUGAGGUUAAUAAAGCAUUUAAAAAAGCAGUCUGUAUUCCAUCAUCUUCUUCUUCCACCUUAGUUCUUAUUCCUUGUUAACGUUACCUUUCCUCUCCAAGUACCUGGACUUAAAAUCUCAGUUGUGUUUGACAAUUAUUAUUAUUUUUUUUUGGUGCCAGCCAAUCAGUAAGGAAUAAUUGUACCAAUAAUUAUACAUCUGAUAUUUUAAGAAUUA